GCCCUGAGGUGGGAUUGUGGUCCGAGCCACAGGUUUCUGCGGCGCGCUGACAGGCGGGAAGCCCGAGGAGAGGGGUGGUCGCGGGCCGAAUCCUGACUGGGCUUCUCAGGGUGGAAAGCUUGGAAAGAUCUGGCAAGAGGCGGCUCAGGCCUAGGCAGAAGCCGGAGAGACAGGCUGACCUCUUCGGGCUGCAAGCUUGGGUGGCUGGCGCCGGAACUGGACUUUGGGUGCAUCAAUCCCCGCCCCCUUUCUGGGUCUCUAUACCCUCCUUUGUAAAAUGGAGGCGUUAGACUACUCCAGGCCCUUUUGGUACCGCUUAAAAUUCCAUUAUGGGGCCUGAGCUUAGCUCCCUGGGGGCAUUGCGAGGGAAAGGCUUGUCAAACUGUAAAGAAGCACUCUGUGGGGGCAAACUCCUUAUCGAUUGUUAUUCGGUUUUUUCAGUGGGCUGACUUAGGAUGAGCUAACUCGUUUCUCCUGGUUGUUCCCCUCGGUCUUGUAAGCAAGCUUGAAAGUGCAGGGUCAGCCCAGUUGUGUCGAGAAGUCUCUUAUUCUGAUCUUUGGUUUUUAUUUAAUGAAUUAUUCGGCAAAUUUCCAAACAGAAAAACUUUGGGCAAAUGUGGGGGUGGGGGUAGGGAGAGAUAGGAAAGUUCCAUGGAAGAUGAGACUGGAAACGUGAAAUCAGACCAGCAUGUUUUCAGGUUCAUAGCAAAAAUAUUAUCGAUUAGGCACCAUCCUGUCCUUAAUGUGCUUAAUAUUAAGACUAUAAAUAUGUUAAAAUCCCAAUACAGACUCCUGCGGUUCAUGGGACUAGGUUUUGCUUUCCAAAUCCCCACAGCUGCUAAAUGCCAAAUGAUGGAAGAACGCUCCAAUCUGAUGAAUAUGAUGAAGCUGAGUAUUAAAGUCUUGAUCCAGUCAGCCCUGACCCUAGGUAGAAGCUUGGAUGCAGACUAUGCCCCUUUGCAGCAAUUCUUUGUGGUGAUGGAGCACUGUCUCAAACAUGGACUGAAAGCUAAGAAGAGUUUUAUUGGCCAAAAUAAGUCUUUCUUUGGUCCCCUGGAACUGGUGGAGAAACUUUGUCCAGAAGCAUCAGAUAUAGCCACUAGUGUUAAAAAUCUGCCAGAGUUAAAGACAGCAGUAGGAAGAGGAAGGGCUUGGCUUUAUCUUGCACUCAUGCAAAAGAAAUUGGCAGAUUAUCUAAAAGUGCUUAUAGAUAAUAAACAUCUCUUAAGUGAAUUCUACGAACCUGAGGCAUUGAUGAUGGAAGAAGAAGGAACAAUAAUUGUAGGUCUGCUGGUGGGCCUCAACGUUCUUGAUGCUAACCUUUGCUUAAAAGGAGAAGAUUUGGACUCUCAGGUUGGAGUGAUUGAUUUUUCCUUAUAUCUUAAAGAUGUGCAGGACAUUGAUGGUGACAGAGAACAUGAAAGAAUUACUGAUGUCCUUGAUCAAAAGAAUUAUGUGGAAGAACUUAACAGACACUUAAGCUGCACUGUUGGGGAUCUUCAGGCCAAGAUAGAUUGUCUAGAAAAGACCAAUUCAAAACUUCAAGAAGAGCUUUCAGCAGCUACAGAUCGGAUUGAUUCACUUCAAGAAGAACAGCAACAGUUAAAAGAACAGAAUGAAUUAAUCCGGGAAAGAAGUGAAAAGAGUGUAGAGGUGACAAAACAGGAUACAAAGGUAGAGCUUGAUACUUACAAACAAACUCGACAAGGCCUGGAUGAAAUGUAUAGUGAUGUAUGGAAACAGCUGAAAGAGGAAAAGAAAGUCCGAAUGGAACUAGAGAAAGAAUUGGAGCUGCAGAUUGGAAUGAAAACAGAAAUGGAGAUUGCAAUGAAACUACUAGAAAAGGAUACACAUGAAAAACAAGAUACACUAGUUGCUCUUCGACAACAACUGGAAGAAGUAAAAGCAAUUAACUUGCAGAUGUUUCAUAAAGCCCAGAAUGCAGAGAGCUGCUUACAACAGAAGAAUGAAGCAAUCAUAUCUUAUGAAGGAAAAACCAAUCAAGUAAUGUCUGCCAUGAAACAAAUGGAAGAGAGAUUACAGCAGUCUGAAAAGGCCAGGCGGGGGGCUGAAGAGAGAAACAACAAACUGAAGCAAGAAUUUGGUAGCAAAGUUGAAACCCUACAACAGCAACUCUCCCAACUGGACAAACAAUGCUUGAGUCUUGAAAGAGAGCUGAAGUCAGAAAAAGAGCAAAGGCAAGCUCUUCAGAAAGAGUUACAGCAAGAAAAAGAUGCUGCCUCUCUUCUCAAAACAGAGUUGCAUCAAGUAGAUGGAUUGAAAAAGGAACUUCAGAAACUAUAUGAGAAGAAAGAAGAAUUACAAAAGAUUUGUGAAGAACAGGAACAAGCACUACAGGAAAUGGGAUUGCACCUUAGCCAAUCAAAGCUGAAGAUGGAAGAUAUAAAAGAAGUCAAUAAGGCACUAAAGGGUCACACCUGGCUAAAAGAUGAUGAAGCAACGUACUGCAAACAGUGUGAGAAAGAGUUCUCCAUCUCCCGGAGGAAGCAUCACUGUCGGAACUGUGGACACAUCUUUUGUAACACGUGUUCAAGCAAUGAGCUUGCACUGCCAUCUUACCCGAGGCCUGUACGCGUGUGUGAUGCCUGCCACACCCUUCUGCUUCAGAGAUGCUCCUCCAAUUCUUCCUAGGGGUCACGAAUGUGAAUUGCAAUUUCUGAUCAUUUUAAAGAAAUGUGCCUGACACUUUCUGGGAAAAGAACAAAGGCCUUAGGACAGUAGCUAGGUCUUCUUUGGGAGUACUGUUGACACAAUCUGCAUUUUGCAAAUUUUCAGAGGGGUUUGAGUGAGAAAUGGGUUAACAGUACACUUCAUAUACUUUUUAAUGUAUGUUGUUCUUUAAUGUGCUGAAUAUUAAAGGCGUGCUUUUUUAUGGUCUAGAACUCCCUACUUCUCCCUUGCUCUCAAAUUCGGAUCUUCAGAAUGGUUGUUUUUCCUGCACAAUGAAUCUCUCUAAGAUUUUGCUACUGAAAUUUUUCAUUUGUAAAAUAAUCAACAUUAUUUGGGACUCUAUGUACAGAUUUUUUUUUUCAACUUUGAAAGCUUUUCCAAUUCCUGUUUUUCCUGCCCUUGAGUUAAACAAAUACCAAGGUUUGUUUCCCAUGCCUAUAGGAUACAUACAAUAAAAGCUUUUGUUCAA